UCGCCUCUCCUUGGGCUCCUGUUUGGGGUUUAUCUGAAUCUGCUGAUUUAAAUAUUCGUGCAGGAUGCUAUUUAACAUGUCUCUUUGGCUGUUAAGGGAGCACAAUGAGUAUUUCAGUUUGCGUUCUUCCAGUUGAGGGUGGAUUUAUCAGCGAGUACUUUGUACUUUUUGCUUCAUUAGUAUUCGGUUUAAUCUUACCAAAGAGCUGGUCUUGUUUCUCAGAUUUCUUGGUUAACAACUGAACAGCAGCAGCAACAACAAAAGAAUAUGCAGUUUAUCAUUAAGUUUUCCAUUCAAGGAUUUUCCUUUCAUCUCUAAGUUCCCUUACAGUUUCCUACAUUUCGUAUUUUCUAAUGUGUAUUCAUUUCGUUGUCUGUAUCCCCUUUUUUCCCUUUAUAAUACACUGUCUUUUUAAUUGCUGCUUUUAUUUCUGCAUUUUGUUGAAGGUGUUUCCAGCCAGGCUUGGCUUUUCUGACUGCAGUAUCCCUGUUGUGGUUGCAGCUUCUUGGUGCUUAAUAAACCCUAACUCCCCGCUUUUGCUUCAAUGUUUAUCCACGUUUCUCCUACUCGAUAAUUCCAUUCAUAGUGCUGACUUUGGGAGACUGAUCUUUUUGAAGUAACAAUCUAUUUUUGAGUGAAUUUGGAGAGAGUGAAACUAUGAAGAAGCCAGAAGUUCAAAACUUAUCAAUACUGAACGCUUGCCUGCUCUCCGUGCUUUUCACAGUGUGACUACAAACUGUGAGUGCUGUGGUGACGGCAGGGACAUCAUAAAUGUUUUGCAGAGCCCCCUGAUUUUACUUCUUGCAGCCAUGGAGAUUUUUCUGCUGGAUAAUUCGGUUCCCCUCUCGUUAUCUAGUACAGCUGAUAACGCUGCCUCAAACUGUCAGACCAUUCUUGCUCCACCGCUGAAAAGUUUGGAAAAGGUUUAAAGGGAACUGGAUAAAAUACGAUUACACUUACCAGCUGACAGCUUUUGAUAAGACAGCCCAAACACUGCUUCCCACUUGUUUUGUUUGCCCCUGUAAAGUUUUUUGCCUUGCUAUGUGCUACUUAAUUCUAUGAAACCGAAGAAGUGGUUUGUUCUGGCAGGUGUAGCUGGGAGGGAAGCCUAAGGAGCAGCUCCGGCGAGAAAUCUGGACCGUCUUCGGUGCCUUUUGUCCUUCUUGUGUUUAUUAAACAGCUCUGGAUGUUGCGAAUGGUCAUUUGUAUUGCUCUGAAAGUGGAAAAGGCGGUCGGGAGAGGGGUUAAGAGGGAAUCCGUUUGGGUGAUUGGCAGCAACCAAAGUAACGUAGAGGCCAGUGCUGCAGCAGGGACCGCGCUGCCCUGGCAGGGGACUCAAACCGCCUGGUACCCUGCGAUUUCUGCAAGGAAACGGCGGAACAAACGCUUUGUGUCUGCUUGGAUGGGUCAAGCUGCCUCCAGCACCUGUCCCAGCCUCCCCCCACCUCGCUGCCCCUCUCUAUAUUUACCCAGGGCGAACUUUCCAAGAAUGGAAGUGGUAAGAUAAAACCCCUGAGGGGCUAAAAUUAGUCCCAGCGCCCUGGCCCUUCUCCCCGCGGUGGCAUUUCAGCUGUGAGCUUGACAGCCUGUGUCGUUCCGGUCGCACAGAGCGGACGUCCAUCCCCGACGCAGCAAGAUCCUCUCUCUUUCUCUCCUGUUUGUUUUUUUUUGUUUGUUUAUUUAAACCAAGGGAGAACUCGCCAUGGGACCACCUCUGCCUUACACGCCCUGGCCAUGAGCAUCACCUGCCUCCCAAAGGUAAGGCAGCAGCAUAAUGACGCCUGGGCAGCAUCUGGCAAUUGAAGGUAACUUGGGAACCAGUUGUAAAAGCGCGAGUGUAUUCUCUGUCACCUUGAGCUCCAGUCAUAACCUCUUUUUUGGGGGGGUCUGCAGAUGCACGCACAGCUUCCUUCAGCUCAAGAGGUGACAACUCUGGUUUGGGAUUUUCUGGUUGAGGAACAUCUGUGAGCUCCCCAUGCGAGUGCUUACACCGUCAAAGUAACUUCCCUUUGGAGAUGCUUAUUUGUGUGUUCAGGGAAUGUUACAGCUAGUUAUUUUUUUACUUUUCCAGUCCAUUUCCCUUAGGAAUAUAACUGGGCCUUCUUUUUGAAUCGAAUCUGCAAUAAACCCCCCGCUCUGUGAGCCACGUGGGUGGGUUUCCAAAGCUCCAGAGCUCGUUAUCAGCGUGUCUAAUGAAUGACAAUAAUGUUAUAAUUCCACAUAUUUCUAUAUAAAUUGCCUGGGUUAGCGUAACAGGUGGCAGUGCAGCAAAGCUUUGCUGUUGCUCGCUGCCAUCAAACUCGCUCUGCUUAACCAAGAUGCGAAGCUGCGCAGGUGACCUUGCACGGGGGAUUCCUCUGAGCUUCCACGACUCGCCACCGCAGGCGGAUGUGGGACGCGCCUCCUGUGACUGCCUCGUUACUGCCAGGCUCGUUUGCAGAAAGAGGCUAAUUGCUCGGUGCAGCUCCUUGCCUCCUCCAAGGGAGGAUCAGAGGAGCCGCUUGGGGAGACCGAGCUCUGCCACUGCCACCUCUCCCCGAGGAAAUACGAGAUGCUGCGGGGCUGCGAUGUGGCGAGACAUUCCUCUGCUCUUCCCGGCGGGCGGCAUUUCCCAGCUGCUCAGGUGCCGGCCGGGACGUCGCAUUCCUCUCCCCUGCUGCCGUUCGGCUACGGCGAGGCCAGAUCCUGCACCAAGCCCCUGGCAAACGUGUUGGGGUUCAGUCCCAGCUCUGGUGUGAUCAGCUAGGCAUCCCCUCACCUUCCUCCCACCACUCUGUACCCCCCGCUAUAAAAAUCCCAGACGCUUCUUGCAGCCGUACUCCUCGGGCUCGAGUAGGCAGGAGCGAGGAGAGGGUUUGCUGAAUUCAAACGUUGACGUCGUCUCGGGAAGGGCGAUGCUGGAGGUCCUUAAUCACACCGGCCACCUUCAUGUUCACUCCAUCUCCUGUUUUGAAAUCCAAUCCCUUUAAAAAGUGGCAGGGUGUAAAAACCUUGCCAUGCUGCUAGCUUCUAAAUCAAAAUUCCUCAGAGUUUUCCUUGCAUUCCAAUGUACUUGGAAUUGCAGGUGCCGGUGAGGCUUCCAACAGAAGCCUUGGCCGAUAGGAAGCGGAGUUGAUUCUCGCUAUUUUCCAAUGUGCUCUUCACUCAGAAGCUCCCACAGAGAACAGCUGGAUGGGGUGAUUUCUGAGGAUUUUGGGAAAAUGGGUGGUUUCAUCCACCGGUGGGGUGCAGAGUCCUUGGAAGAGCCUGUGGCCACCCAGGAGCCAUCCUGAGCUCAAGAUCUUUGGCUUUACCUUUUAUGAUGAAAGCGGUACAUGGGAGACAGACCAAAAAAAAUGAGCCUAAUGGAUAUCACUAAAAUGUUCUCCAUGCUCCAGCCCGGAGAAGAUGAAGAUGACAACGGAGAAAGCGAGGAGCUGAACCGAGCGGUAUCUGAGGACAAUUACCAAACCCUUGAUAGCCUGUUGUCCCAGGACAGGUACAAGAGGUUCAUCAACCACCGGAGCGGCUGGGGCGUACCCAGCACCCCGCUGCGCCUGGCCGCCACGUGGGGCCGUGUCAGGAGCAUGAAGGUCCUCUUGGCCCACGGAGCGGAGGUGGACAGCCUGGACGUGAAGGCUCAAACCCCGCUCUUCAUGGCGGUCAGCAAUGGCCACCGGGAAUGCGUGAAGGUCCUCCUGGACGCCGGGGCCAACCCCGUCGGCAGCAUCUACAACAACUGCUCGCCGCUGCUCAUCGCCGCGAGGGACGGGAAUGUGGACAUCCUGCGGCAGCUCCUGGACCACGGCGCGGAAACCAACGUUCAAGCGAGGUUGCCCGAGUGGGCCGCCAACUCGGUGGCUUGUUCUGGUCCCCUCUACCUCGCCGCCGCGUACGGGCACCUGGAGUGUUUCAAAAUGCUGUUGCUUUACGGUGCCGAUCCCGACUAUAACUGCACUGAGGAGAGGGUGAUCGCCCAGAUCAAGGAGCCCAAGACUCUGCUGGAAACAUGCCUGAGGCACGGCUGCAGGAGCGAGUUCAUCGAGCUGCUUAUUGACUUUGGAGCCAACGUGUACUUGCCCAACGUCACGGUAGAUGAGACGGCACCCCGCAGCGAGGGCCUGGAGCUGCUGCUGCAGGCGAGAGCUCAUCCCAAGUCCUUGAUGUCCCAGUCCAGGCUGGCGAUGAGACGCCUCCUGAAGCAGGCUGGCCGCCCGCACGCCCUCGGCGAGCUGGACAUCCCGACGGUCCUGGCGAACUACCUCCGACACCAGCCGUGACGCACAGCCCACCACGAGAGACGCCUACCCCCUACGUGUGUCCAGCACCCCCAUUAAAAGCCGCUCUGACAUCUG